UGUUUUACAAAGAGGAAGUCUAUUGAGUGUUUUUUACUGUUGCAAGCAAUGUUGCUAACUAUUUGCGCUUUUAGCGGCAUUGCUUUAGUUAAAAUCCUUUUCAUAACUCAAAGGCAUGUUUUUAUUGCAAUCAGAUACCGCAGUCUAUUGAAUUGGUAUUCAUUGUAUUGCAUUUUCGGUAAGAGGGGUUUUCCAACUUGAAUACUUUUAAAGAGGUUACCUAGAGGCACUAUGUAUGUACGCUGUGCAGUUGGUAGAGAAGCCGCGUCACUGGAAGUUUGCUAGGUGGAUGUGAAAACUAAGCUGGUGUAUGAUUUGAAAAGAUCCUCUGCGAAUUAAGGUUUUGAUUACCAUUUGAUUCUAGCAAUACAUAAAAUCUUCGAAUUUAUUGUAUGUUAAUCGUCACUUUUUGAGUAUGAUCGGAAUCUUAUUGCCGCUAUUUUCUUCAACAUCUGGAAAUUAGCAAAAUUUUCCUGAUAUAAACAAUCUCAAACUAGUAAAACUUUUAUGCGCAUUAUUGUCGUGAAAUUAACUUUUAGAAUAUAUUUCUAAUGAACAACCAGCUUUACCUGUUACGUAACAAAACAGUUCCUUACAGAUGUGAUUUUGAAAAGUGUCAGCUUAUUGCCUCGAGGUUUCAACGCUGUAGAAAAAGUCGUUUUUGCAUUUGCUAUUGGCACAAAGAUAAGGAUAUUUUCCUCGUUUUGGCGGUGAUUGAAAGAUGGAAGAGAUAUUCAUGACUUGGGAAAACUCAAGUGAAUUCAUAAUAAAGAUGCUACAAGAUAUUGUUUAUGGAGGAGAGAUUGGGAGCUUUUUGCUGCAUGUAUUUGUCGAGAAGAACACUUCAAAGAUUUUUGUUAAUCGCCCUUGGAUAGUAGUUCACGAGAGUCAAACGAUUGGAAAAGAUGCCGUAAAAGUGAAUUUCAUUGCAUUUCUCGUUCAUAAAUACGGGAUGUGCGAAAGAAAUGGGUUAAAUAAGACGAGAAGUCUUGAAAGAAAGACAAUAUAUCUUGUUCAACAUCUUGGUCAGAAUCACGAGGAGCUCCUUGCUUUACUUCGGUUGUCAAAUAUUUGCCUUGAUACUGAUAUGAAACUUCUGUUGAUCGAUGACAAUUCUCGUGAAACUGCAACUGAGUUGAAUUCUCGAAAUUAUAUGUGUUCUGAAAGCUGUAAAUUUUGCGAUUCACUGAUAAAACAGUGUGUUGAAAAUAGACACUCAUUGCCUUGUCGUGACACAAACAACGAAAAUGUAGAUGGGACAUUAUUGCCUCAUCCUCUCGCACAUGUCCAAGGAGAAGGCAGCGUAAAGCCCUUCAGAGUUUGCGAUAUUUGCAACUCAAAGCAAGAAAUGAGGAACGACAAAGAAGGUAGAAAAACUGGAAACAUCUCUGUAUGUGGCUUCAAAGAUAUUUGUGUGGUAUGCCUAUUCUCUAAGCAUUCUUCUUGUUUAAAAGUGAUUGAUGAAAGCUUCUCUAAUAAGAAAUGCACUAAUAAAGACUUACAUCGCAUUUAUAAUGAGAAUGCCAAAAAAACAGGAGUAUCUAAAGAAGAGAAAUUCAAAAAACCUUUUUCGAAUAUUGUUAGAAAAGAGUGUCUUUGCACUGAAGCAAGUAAACGAGUUUGUUUCACCUAUCUUUUGUCUAAACUUAACAAAUCAGUGACAAAUUCAAAACUCGGGAGAUCACAAUCUGCUCCAAAAUUAUUCGUUCACGGAAGUUUUAAGCAAAGUGCCACCUCGUCUAGGCGCAUGGAAAGUGUCACAAGGGAUUUUGCGACCAGUACAGAAGAUAUAGACUCCAUGGAAGGGUUUGAGAGAAGCAAUGAGGUUCUUUUCGCGGAGAAGGCCACCGACACAUUGGAGAUACAGCCCAUUAAAGUGCUAUUUGACAAAUCAACAAGUUCAAGUGAUCUAGAAAUCGAGGUCCGUGAGGAAAAUGCCAACGAUUCGUCGGAUAUUAAAAGUGAAUUGAAUUUUUUCUUGGAUCAAGAUCAUGGUGAAAGGUUGGACUUUUCAUGUAAGUUUUGUCCUAAGAAAAGUUAUCGUUCCAAAGAGCUGCUGGCCGUACACAUGCGAAACAAUCACAAGAAAUGCAACUGCCCAUGUCAGAAUUAUUUCAAAACAAGAGACGAAUAUCUGGCUCAUUUCUAUUCAGUGUAUCCAUUACCAUGCUUAGUUGACAAAAAGUGCCCGGAACGUUUUAGGAACUUGUAUUACCAAUCUUUGCACCACAAAGAGAGCCACCAUGCCGAGAAGCCAUUUUUUUGUAUCCCGUGUCACAACAACAACAUCGAAAGGGGUAUGAAAAGUCGGUCAGUGACGUUUAAGGAUGUCGCGAGUCUGCGCAUUCAUAGCACGUCAUAUGGACACAAUCCACAGAAACUUUAUUUAGUAAGUGAUAAUGAUAAGAUUGAUGACAGUAAUCUACCUUUCAGCAUGCGUUGUUCUGGAAUUAAUUAUUGCUGACUCCAACUUACCGUUACAAACAUAACAAGCACCGUGUAGAUUCUAUAAACUUAUUUUGGUGGAAGCUUUUCUUCCAUUUGUUUUAUGGACUAACAAGCAAGAACACCAUUUUUAUAUUCUUGUUAUUUAGACCUUCUGUAAGUGAACUAGUUUUGUGAAAACAGCACAUUUGAUGUAGAACCGAUUAAAGUUACUUUGUUUAAAAGUAGAAGAAAGCAUACUUUCGUACGUUUUCUUUCCUCAGAAAGUAAUUCAUCCCUGUUGAAGCUUGACGAGAAACUAAUGUUUUAUAGUUACUGCAAUAAUGUCGUUAAUUAUACGGUUUUCUUUUGACGUGGUGUUUGUAAGAUCUUAUCUGUGCUGCUUAUUUAACGAAAGGUUAACUUUUUUUCAAGCAUGUUUUUUAUUUACCGCAUAAUCAAAAUUAGUGGAGCCAUAAUUAACUUUUGUGGAACCCCAUUUCUUAAUGAAUUUCAACAACAAAUUGUUAUCCUUGAUUGAAGUUGCAUCAACCAAGCAAUAAACAAUUAACCUUAUAGGAUAAAAAUUAAAUUGUAUCAUUCAGUGUUUACCGCUAUAUAGCUUUGAUAUGAUAUGAUCAAUUUUCCCUAGCAACUAUUGAUUCGCAAGUGUUAGGAAGCUAGUUUUCUGUCAUAUUGCAGUAGAUUGUUUAAUUGCUAGGCUUCAAAAAUGGGCAGCAAGAUUUUUUGGGCCAAGAUCAUGAGCAGACUGCUAUAACUGUGGAAAACAUUGAGAUGUUUUUGUCCUAUUCAAUGCAAUAAAGUAAAGUUUGGUCAGGACAUGCAACUUUUCUAUUACAUCCCUAAUCAACAAGCCAUCUUUUCAAAACGGAUAGCAACUCGCCUAUUUGCACAAGGUAAAGUAGACCGGAUCUACUUUUCGUCUCCCUUUGCAUCUUGAAUGUUUUUUCUAGGUCUCUUAUGCCGACAGGAACCUCUAUUGUCUUUAUCAUGCUGCAUAAGUGAAUGCUCGAAUAGAGGUAUUUAAAUGCCUUGCUUGUUUUCGUCUCUAACCGCUUUAAAGACGGCCUUGCUUACUGUUGCCAAAAUAUAUUGUGAAUUGAAAAACGAUGCUCGGAGUUUACAUAACAAUCUUAGCAAGGCCGAAAGCAUGGCUACAGGCGAUAGUAGCUUGGUGAUACCUAUAUAUUUCCUGCAAACAUUGUUUGUAAUUACAAAAAAUGUCCAUAUUUUGAAGGGCCUACUCCACCAAUUGAAAAAGAAACUUACUUCAAAAUGCAAAGAAAUUUUUCGUCAUUGGGUUAACUCUGUUACUCAUUUUCGUUCGUAAACAUAACGUCCUUCUUCAAAGGCAGUAAAACCUGGCGAAAGACAUUUUGUAAUGUGGUCAAUAAGAGCGUAAAGAGGUCCAUCGUUAACUUAAACCUAUUAUAACAUCAUUCUUUGUGACGUAGCUAUCUCUAAAUUUCUUUGUGACGUAGCAAAGUCAUUGAAAGAUAAAUCAAUUUUUUAGCUGCAGAGGCACUCUGGGGCAUGUUGAUAUUUUUAUUAGCUCGACUAUGUGGGUUUUAAGCCAUUAAGAGCUAAUACUACACAUGACUGGUGACAGGAAUUAUGCAUAUAUUAUUCCUUUUCUUACUCCAGUAUGGAAAGUAUGGCACUUUUCAACUAAAUCUUGGGUAUGCACAAAAAGUGAGCAGUGUCAAGCAGGCAGCAAAAUUGCAAUCCAUUUAGGCUAUUCAAAAUAAAAAAAAACUAUUUAGAAUUUCUUCAAGAGAUUUUCAAUAUGUAAAUUUCUGUUGUAAAUGCUAGAGAUUUCCAGAGCAUUUGUUGAUGGAAAAAAAUAACUUGAUUUGGUCUCUUAAAGCUCAGAAUAUAAGCAAUGUUGUUGGUAGAAUUAAAAUUGAAGAACCAAGCGGUUCAUUAAUUGCUAGAAAAACUGAAUGAAUACAAAUAGAGUUUUUCUUUAGGGUAGUCAUGAGUAAUGUCGGACACCUUUUAAUUGUUUUGCCAAUCUAUCAUUACCACUAAUUCUUUUCGAUAGCAUUGUUUGUUCUUAGGAAUCCGUAUCUGCAAGGAAAUUUUCUGAUGAAUUUAUUUUUGUAUUACAUUUACAUCGUUUGUUGUUUUUUCCUGAAAUUGGCGCUAAUCCCUCCAUGUAGGUAAUUUCGGGCAUCCAUGGGUAAUGACGGACAUGCAGAUUAAACACAACACAAUUUUGUCGAUCUAGAUAAGAAUAUGAAAUAAGGCCAGGGAUAAUGGGAGAGUUUAAUCCUGUAGUCUACCCAUGACUACCAUAUGUGAAAAGUAUUCUAUUGGCUAAUUGUAUUUUUGUUGGAAUAGCUGUUUUUCGAAUUUAUUCUAUCAGACUGUCUUGAUAAAAAAUCUUGAAUUUCAAGUUUUGGUCACGCCC